GUGCUUCCCCGCUUCGCCUCCCUUUAUAGCCGUGGCAUCACGGACGGGGCCACGCUGACGGCGCACACGCGCGGGGCGAGCCUUUCAGCUACUGGCUCUGCUUUCGCCCUGCUCCGGAGCGACGGGCGUGUGGUGACGUGGGGCGACUCAGAUCGAGGUGGCGACAGCAGCAUCGUGAUGGAAAAGCUUUUCGCCGUGCACUCGCUGACGGCAACAGCUUUUGGGGCCUUCGCAGCCGUCAAGACGGAUGGAUCGGUAGUCACCUGGGGCAACCCUGCCUACGGCGGCAGCAGCGACUCCGUAAGGGCCCGCCUCACUGGCGUGAAGCAGAUUACGGCCUCAGCAGGAGCCUUCGCGGCUCUUCGCGCCGACAGCUCCGUCGUCACCUGGGGCCACAAAUGCUUCGGAGGGGACAGCCGCGCGGUUCGUGGGCAGCUGAAGGACGUGCAGCAGAUUUGGUCCACGGCCUGCCGCUGCCUGGCCAUGCACUGCGCGGCCUUCGCGGCCCUGCGCAGGGACGGCACGGUCGUGACCUGGGGUUGUGCAGCCUAUGGAGGCGAUAGUCACGCAGUGCAAGCACAGCUUCGCAGCGUGCAGCAGAUCGAGGCAACCGUCGGAGCUUUCGCAGCACAGAGGGAGGACGGCUCUGUGAUCACCUGGGGCCACCGCGCCUUCGGCGGGGACUCGGGCUCCGUUCAGCACCUGCUGAAGGAUGUACGGCAGGUCCGAGCCACACUCGGGGCAUUUGCUGGACUCUGCGCGGAUGGUUCUGUGGUCAGUUGGGGCUUGGAGAUGAUCUCUGGAAACGACCUGCCUUUGGACGUGCUACAGAACGUCAAGGAGAUCCGCGUGGUGGACUCCGUUGCCCUCUUCGCUGCUGUCCGACAGGAUGACUCCGUGGUGAUCUGGGGCGAUCGGGCUUUCGGCCAGCACACCUACGUCGCGCAGGCAGAUCUGGAUUGCCUACAGGAGCUACAAGUCGCAAGCAAAGGUGCCGUUGCCACGGUGCUUGUCGACGGCUCCGUGAAGAUGCGCGGGCUGCCGGACUACGGAGGCGAUGGGAGCCUGGUUCGAGACAAGCUGAAGAACGUCCAACACAUCCGGGCCACUGCCGGGGCUUUCGCUGCCAUCUGUGCCGAUGGCACCGUGGUCGCUUGGGGCAGUCCGGCUCACGGCGGUGAUUGCAGCGCUGUGGAAGGGCGACUGCACGAGGACUCGCAGCUCCCCCGGCCAGGUCUGCGGCAUGCUUUAUGCAAGCGCCGACGGCUUCGCUACAAGCAGCCUUCUCUCUGA